ACUCAAGACGUUUUCCGGUAGACAUCAUUAAGGACGUCCGUAUUUGAAAAAUGGCGUCGGAUACGGAAGGAGAUGAUGUACCAACUGCAGGAGGUUCCAUGGACAUCUACACUGCCCUGCAGGAGGUUCUCAAAACUGCACUUAUCCAUGACGGCCUUGCCAGGGGACUUCAUGAGUGUGCCAAAGCCUUGGACAAACGACAGGCUCAUAUGUGCAUUUUGGCCAACAACUGCGAUGAAGCUAUGUACGUCAAACUUGUGGAGGCCCUUUGUGCUGAACAUGGAAUCAACAUCAUGAAGGUUGAUGAUAACAAAAAGCUGGGAGAAUGGGCUGGACUUUGUAAGAUUGACAAGGAGGGAAAAGCCAGAAAGGUGGUAGGCUGCAGCUGUGUAGUCGUCAGGGAUUACGGAAAAGAAUCCCAGGCUCUGGAUGUGAUGAAUGAAUACUUCAGGUCAAAAAACAAGUAAACAACAGAAAACAGAAACUGCCAGCAGACAUGUGAAUAAAAGUGCAGUUUUGAGAAAAAAA